CGUAAGUUCGUAACCCUAACUCUGCCUCUAUUAUUUCAGUGUCCCCUAACCCUAGAUCCGUGGGUCUCUCUCUGCCUCUCUUCUUUAUUUUCAAUUUUGCUUCCGCAGAUUCAGUAACUUCACUUCAUCUCUCCCAUUUAAGCUCAAGGAUCAUGGGUGAAGUAAAGGACAACGAUGCUUACGAGGAAGAGCUCAUCGACUACGAGGAGGAAGACGAAAAAGCUCCCGACUCUAACAAUGCGAAAGCCACUGGCGAUUCUGCCAAAAAGGGCUAUGUUGGAAUUCACAGUUCGGGAUUCAGAGACUUCCUGUUGAAACCAGAACUUCUUCGAGCCAUUGUAGAUUCAGGAUUUGAACAUCCUUCGGAAGUGCAACACGAGUGCAUACCUCAAGCUAUCUUAGGAAUGGAUGUCAUCUGUCAAGCAAAGUCUGGAAUGGGGAAAACUGCUGUGUUUGUUCUAUCUAGUCUACAGCAGAUUGAUCCUGUUCCCGGUCAAGUUGCUGCUCUUGUACUUUGCCACACAAGAGAGUUAGCUUACCAGAUCUGUCAUGAAUUUGAGAGGUUCAGUACGUAUUUGCCUGAUAUAAAGGUCGCUGUCUUCUAUGGUGGUGUCAAUAUCAAGAUUCACAAGGAUUUACUGAAGAAUGAGUGCCCACAUAUUGUCGUUGGAACACCUGGAAGAAUAUUGGCUCUUGCAAGAGAUAAAGACCUUGGAUUAAAGAACGUGAGGCAUUUUAUCCUGGAUGAGUGUGACAAAAUGCUCGAAUCCCUUGACAUGAGGAGAGAUGUGCAGGAGAUUUUCAAGAUGACACCACAUGAAAAGCAGGUCAUGAUGUUUUCAGCUACACUCAGCAAGGAGAUCCGUCCAGUUUGCAAGAAGUUUAUGCAAGAUCCUAUGGAGAUUUAUGUGGAUGAUGAGGCCAAGUUGACUCUUCAUGGUCUCGUACAGCAUUACAUUAAAUUGAGUGAGCUGGAGAAAAACCGCAAGCUUAAUGAUCUACUUGAUGCCUUGGAUUUCAACCAAGUUGUCAUUUUUGUCAAAAGCGUCAGCAGAGCAGCUGAGCUGAACAAGCUACUUGUGGAGUGCAACUUCCCUUCCAUCUGCAUACAUUCUGGAAUGUCCCAGGAAGAAAGGUUGACACGGUACAAGGGUUUCAAGGAGGGUCAUAAAAGAAUUCUAGUGGCAACCGAUUUGGUUGGAAGGGGAAUUGACAUUGAGCGAGUCAACAUUGUUAUCAAUUAUGACAUGCCAGAUUCAGCUGACACUUAUCUCCACAGGGUGGGAAGAGCUGGUAGGUUCGGGACUAAAGGGCUUGCAAUUACAUUUGUCUCUUCUGCUUCGGACUCUGAUGUUCUUAACCAGGUUCAAGAGAGGUUUGAGGUGGAUAUAAAGGAGCUUCCGGAGCAAAUUGAUACUUCUACAUAUAUGCCAUCGUGAUGGAGAAGGAAAAUGUUCCAUAUAAUCUUCCAAGAAGCAUGGGUGGAAAAGGUUCUCAGGAGGUGUUUACAAUCUUUCCGUUAAUAGUGGCAAUGUUCGGGGUGGGUCUUUUGAAGGCAGCUGUUAGGGAUAACACAGAGAUUCAGUAUUUACUUGCGUUUUUAAGCUAUUAAGCACUAUUAUUUAUUAGAGUUCCAACUGAUGGAUGUUUUGGGGAAAACUAAUAGCUGAAUUAUAUUGUAAUAUGUGUGGUAGUUUAUUGAAAUUUUGCUGGCACUUUAGGA